AUGUCGGCCGACGACAUCUCUCCCGGAAAAUCGCGCCGACUCUUUGUAACCGACGAAUCUUCGAAAACAAGGUUCCUUAUUGAUACAGAACUUCCUCAACCACGGGCAAAAACAACAUAUGAACUUUUCGCGGCCAACGGAACUGUCAUACCCACUUACGGAACACAAAUUCUAAAUCUAAGUUUAGGUUUGCGCCGUCAGUUCACCUGGAGAUUUGUCAUCGCUGACGCGGAAAAGCCGAUCAUCGGUGCUGACUUCCUGGCACACUAUGGACUCCUAGUGGAUUUGCAGAAACAACGACUCCUGGACCAAGCAACUCAUCUUACCUCCCAGGGCGAGGUGAUUGAGUGCGAGGUUCUCAGCAUCAAAACUGUCACAGGGACAUCACGCUUCCACGAGCUUCUCCAACGUUAUCCGGAGAUAACACGUCCAGAUGGCGCCACCAGGUCAAUCCAGCACUCGACCAAACACCACAUCCUGACAACACCAGGACCACCUGUCGCGCAGAAACCACGACGACUCGCUCCCGACAAACUGAAAAUUGCCAAGGCUGAUUUUUGUACUCUGGUCAAGCUGGGAAUUGCUCAACCUUCCAAGGCUUCCUAG